AUGAGUGCGAAACUGUCAGAGAGUGACCUGAACGAUUUUAUAGGCGCCCAGGUGGCCUGUGUGAAGCCUACUCGGACACUGCACACGGCAGACGAGGGCGAUGAGGCACUGGAGGUGGGGAAAGAGCCACAGGAAGCCACAAAAGUGUCUAUUUCGCUGCAGGACUGCCUCGCGUGUGCGGGGUGCAUCACGUCCAGCGAAGAAAUCCUUCUGAGCCGGCAGAGUCACGGCGUGUUUCUGGAAGCCUGGCGCUCACUCGCGCCAAAGGCAUUGGCAGUGAGCGUGGCGCCGCAGAGCCGGCUGUCGCUGGCACAGCACUUCGGGUUAUCGGUGGCUGAGCUGGACCAGUGCCUGAGCGGCGUUCUGGGCAGCUACUUUGGCGCCAAAUACGUCGUCGGCACGCAGCUGGGGCGCGAGCUCUCGGUCCAGCAGACCAACGCUCGCCUCGUAGAGCGGAAGCAGCAGGGCGUGCAGGGCCCACUGCUGUGCAGCGUGUGUCCCGGUUUUGUUCUGUAUGCGGAAAAGACGAAGCCUGGCCUUGUGCCGUACAUGCUGGACGUCAAGUCGCCGCAGCAGAUCACAGGCGCGCUGCUCCAUGCUGCAGACCCCAAUAUAUACCACCUUAGUCUGAUGCCGUGCUUUGACAAGAAGUUGGAGGCCGCGCGCGAAGACUGCGCGCGCGAGGUGGACUGCGUGCUGACCCCGCGUGAGUUUGUGGCGCUGCUGGACGAACUCCAGCUCGAUCUGCACAGCUUCGCCGGCGCGGCUGUCCCAAUUGCGCAGCUGACACCUCCAGGCUGGGACCCGCGCGUGAGCUGGUGCUCGUCUGCGGGCUCCUCCUCUGGCGGUUACGCAUACCAGUACAUUCUACACAUGCAGCGCCUACACCCUGGCUCCACCAUCGCAACGCAGGCCGGUCGCAACGCAGACCUACUGGAGCAUCGCCUCCUGGCUCCGAGCGGCGUGCUCCUUGCCUCGGCGGGCGAGCUCUAUGGCUUCCGCAACAUCCAGAACCUUGUGCGCAAGCUGCUGUCCCCCGCUACAAAACGCAGUGCCAAGGUUGUCCGCCGGAGACUCCCGCAGGCCAGCCCCGCGCCUCCUGCGACAGAUCCGUGCAACGCAGACUUCAUCGAGGUGAUGGCCUGCCCCUCAGGCUGCAUCAAUGGUGGUGGGCUACUCAACGGUGGGCUCGGGCCCUCGCAGCGCAGGGAUUUGGUCUCCCAGCUGAACGAAGGAUACGCCCGCUUACCUACUCUGGAUAUACCCAUGCCGACCUACUCGCAGCCUUCCUAUAUCUACAACCUGCGCCCGCUUGCACCGACAGACGAUGUCCUUACUGUGGCGAACGCAUGGUAG